GGAAAAUCCUCCUCAUUUUUUUAUUUUAUUUUGUUUUUCUAUAAAACUUUUGGUCUGUUUUUUCUUUGUCAUUUAACCCCCCCAAAAAAUUAAUCACACUUUUAUACAUAAAAACCUCUCUGGUCUUCUUCUUCUCUGUUCGGAACUUUCUAAUGGCGCCGAGCAUCAGAGACCUCCAGCUGGCCCAACUCGCCUCCGCCGCCGGUGAUGAUUCCCGCGACCUCGAGGAUGUACGGCUUCUUGAUGCUUACGAGAAUUCUUCGUCGGAGGACGAGGAGAAGGGAGUCCAACAGGGAACGAUGAAGAGAGUCCAGGUUGGUGUUACCGGCAUGACCUGCGCUGCUUGCUCAAAUUCGGUUGAAGCAGCUCUCACGAGCGUAAAUGGAGUUUUAAGGGCUUCUGUCGCUUUGCUUCAGAACAAGGCCGACGUGGUCUUUGAUCCCAGAUUGGUCAAGGAUGAAGACAUCAAGAAUGCAAUUGAAGAUGCAGGGUUUGAGGCUGAGAUCUUACCUGAAUCCAGUGCACUUGGAACAAAGCCCCAAGGAACACUACUGGGGCAGUUCUCCAUAGGAGGUAUGACAUGUGCAGCCUGUGUGAACUCUGUUGAAGGUAUUUUAAGAGAUAUUCCUGGUGUCAAAAAGGCAGUGGUUGCAUUGGCGACAUCAUUAGGAGAAGUUGAGUAUGAUCCAGCUGCAGUAAGUAACGAUGAUAUAGUAAAUGCAAUUGAAGAUGCUGGUUUUGAAGCAGCAUUUGUACAGAGCAGUGAGCAAGAUAAGAUUAUAUUGGGGGUUGCUGGCAUAUACAGUGAGGUGGAUGUACAUAUUUUGGGAGGAAUCCUUAGCAAUUUGAAAGGGGUGAGGCAGUUUCAUUUUGACAGAAUUUCAAGAGAACUUGAAGUCCUAUUCGAUCCAGAAGUUGUCAAUUCAAGAUCCUUAGUCGAUGGGAUUGAAGGAGGAAGUACUGGCAAGUUCAAAUUACACGUAGCAAAUCCUUACUCAAGAGUGACUUCUAAGGAUGUUGAAGAAGCCUCAAAUAUGUUUCGACUAUUCCUUUCCAGCCUAUUUCUCAGUAUUCCUGUCUUUUUCAUACGGGUGAUUUGUCCACAUAUACCACUAGUUUAUUCCUUAUUGCUUUGGCGAUGUGGACCCUUCCAAAUGGGUGAUUGGUUGAAGUGGGCAUUGGUGAGUCUUGUCCAAUUUGUUGUUGGAAAACGCUUUUAUAUUGCUGCGGCCAGAGCUCUUCGAAAUGGUUCAACAAACAUGGAUGUCUUGGUUGCAUUGGGAACUUCGGCCUCUUAUUUCUACUCUGUUGGUGCACUUCUAUAUGGUGCGGUCACUGGGUUUUGGUCUCCAACUUAUUUUGAAACAAGUUCCAUGCUGAUAACAUUUGUACUCUUGGGAAAGUAUUUGGAGUGUCUUGCAAAGGGGAAAACAUCUGAUGCCAUCAAGAAGUUGGUGGAACUUGCACCAGCAACAGCAAUAUUGCUUAUCAAAGAUAAUAAAGAUGAAAGAUGCAUUGGAGAAAGAGAAAUAGACGCACUCCUAAUUCAGUCUAAUGACACAUUGAAAGUUCUUCCUGGUGCCAAAGUUCCUGCUGAUGGUGUUGUUGUUUGGGGUUCAAGUUACAUAAAUGAGAGCAUGGUCACUGGUGAAUCCGUACCUGUUUCGAAGGAGGUGAGCUCGUCUGUUAUUGGAGGUACAAUAAAUCAACACGGUGUCCUUCACAUAAAAGCUACCAAAGUAGGUUCCGAUACAGUUUUGAACCAGAUUAUCAGUUUAGUAGAAACGGCGCAAAUGUCCAAAGCUCCCAUUCAGAAAUUCGCUGAUUUUAUUGCAAGCAUUUUUGUUCCUACAGUUAUAACAUUGGCACUGUUGACACUACUGGGCUGGUAUUUUGCUGGCACUCUUGGAGCUUAUCCAGAAAGUUGGCUCCCAGAAAAUGGAAAUUACUUUGUGUUUGCCCUUAUGUUUUCCAUAUCAGUUGUGGUGAUUGCAUGUCCAUGUGCUCUUGGCUUAGCAACACCAACUGCUGUCAUGGUUGCAACCGGAGUUGGGGCUAACAAUGGUGUCCUGAUAAAAGGAGGGGAUGCUUUAGAAAGAGCUCAAAAAAUAAAGUACGUGAUAUUUGACAAAACAGGUACCCUGACCCAGGGAAAGGCCUCAGUCACAACUGCAAAAGUUUUUACAGGAAUGGAUCGUGGAGAGUUUCUUAAAUUGGUAGCUUCUGCAGAGGCUAGUAGUGAACAUCCAUUGGCAAAGGCAAUAGUCACAUAUGCUCGUCAUUUUCAUUUCUUUGAUGACUAUGCAAUCAAUGAUGCUCAAAGCUUUAACCGAGACUCUGCAAUCUCUGGUUGGCUUUUUGAUGUCACAGAGUUUUCUGCUCUUCCGGGAAGAGGUGUUCAAUGCUUUAUCAAUGGAAAAGUAAUUCUGGUUGGUAAUCGAAAGUUGAUGACUGAAAGAGGAAUCCACAUUCCUGAAGAUGUGGAAAAAUUUGUUGUAGAUCUGGAAGAAAAUGCGAAAACAGGCAUACUUGUUGCAUAUGAUAGUAAUUUAAUUGGUGUUUUGGGGGUUGCAGACCCACUGAAAAGGGAAGCUGCUGUUGUAAUUGAAGGCCUGAUCAAAAUGGGUGUUCGGCCAAUCAUGGUUACUGGGGACAACUGGAGGACAGCACAGGCUGUUGCUAGGGAGGUUGGAAUUCACGAUGUAAAAGCAGAGGUAAUGCCAGCAGGAAAAGCUGACGUUGUUCGUUCAUUUCAAAAAGAUGGAAGCACAGUUGCCAUGGUUGGUGACGGAAUCAAUGAUUCACCGGCUCUAGCUGCAGCUGACAUUGGCAUGGCAAUCGGAGCAGGGACAGAUAUUGCCAUAGAAGCAGCUGACUAUGUGUUGAUGAGGAACAACUUGGAAGAUGUCAUCACAGCCAUUGACCUCUCAAGGAAGACAUUUGCUCGGAUCAGAUUGAAUUAUGUGUUUGCCAUGGCUUAUAAUGUGAUAGCAAUCCCUAUUGCUGCAGGAGUUUUUUUUCCUUCACUGGGAAUUCAGUUGCCACCGUGGGCAGCUGGGGCAUGCAUGGCUCUCUCUUCGGUUAGUGUUGUGUGUUCUUCUCUUUUACUCCGGAGAUAUAAAAAGCCAAGGCUUACAGCUAUACUAGAAAUAACUGUAGAAUAGAUAGUGUGGAGAAAAAGGGCUAGAUUUCAGCUUCAUUUCAUAGGAAAAAUACUGAAAUUGGAUAAAGUGGGGAGUCGAUGAAAUUCGGCAUCCCAAUUUUCUGUAAUUUUUUCCUUCCUUUUUUCUCUUUCGUCCCAGUCGCAAGACGUGUAAUUUUACCACUCCAGUCACUGUAAAUGCUACUUGUAUAAUAAAGUUCUCAGGUUUCCAUCCU